AUGGCGAAUAAAAAUACCAAGAACCAAAAGCCAAGAGUAAAAGGUGACCAUAACGGCCGUAUUUCCAAGCAUCAUCCUAAGAAUAUAACCAAGAAAAAUGGUGGAAAGAAAAGUGUACAGAAAAAGGUGGAAGAAAAGGUUGUUUUAAAUGCAAAUCAGCUUCAAUGGAAGACUGUAGAUAUUCCAGAUACGAUGGAUGACUUCGGGGGUUUUUACGGAUUGGAGGAAAUUGAUGGAGUUGAUGUUAAAGUUGUCAAUGGUAAAGUGCAGUUUAUCACCAAAGACACGGAGAAGAUCAAGGAAAAUGCAACUGAGGUCGAAGAGAGGGAUGAUGUGGUCUUUGAAGAGGAAAAAGAAGAUGAGAAUAUGGGUGAAUUAAUUGAGUUCAAGAAUUUCGAUGAUAUCAAAGAAGGAGAACUAAGCGCAGCAUCUGGAGAUGAAGAUGAAGACGAUGAUAUGAAUAUGUUUGAAGAUGAACAACAGGAGGAGCAAAAAGAAGAAAAGAAAGAUCAAGAGGAAGACGGCAAGUCUGCUGAUGGUGAAGAAACGGAUGAAUUACAGACUAACGUAUUUACUUCAAAUAUCGAAAUCGAUGGCGAGGAGCCUCCCGUACUUCCAGAGUGGACAGAUAAAAUGAAUCUCUCUAACAUUGUGCUUAAAGGAUUGUCUGACUUGAGCUUUACCAAACCAACUGAAAUUCAAGCUAAAUCUAUCCCUGUAGCAUUAGAGGGUAAUGAUGUCAUGGGUAAAGCCAGUACCGGUUCUGGUAAAACACUUGCCUAUGGUAUUCCAAUCAUAGAACAGCUUAUUAAAGACCCAACUAAUGAUAGAUUAAUCGGUUUAAUCUUCACUCCAACUAGGGAGUUGGCACAUCAAGUCACUGAUCAUUUGCAAAAAAUUUGGACCACUAUGAAUAAACAGAAUAAGUAUACCAUUCUUUCCCUAACAGGCGGGUUAUCUAUCCAAAAGCAAGAACGUAUUUUGAAAUAUGAUGGCUCAGCCAGAGUAAUAGUCGCUACUCCUGGACGGUUCCUAGAAUUGCUAGAGAAAAAUCCUAACUUAAUUCCUAGAUUCGCGAAACUUGAUACAUUGGUGUUAGAUGAAGCCGAUAGACUAUUACAAGAUGGUCAUUUCGAUGAAUUUGAAAAGAUUCUAAAACUCUUAAGCAAAGCUCAAAAGGCUAAAACUAACGUUCAAGGUAAAACAAAGGGAACCGGAUGGCAAACAUUGAUCUUCUCAGCCACUUUCUCUUUGGAACUCUUUACAAAGCUAGACAAGACAUCGUGGAAGAACUUGAAAUCAUCUGGGGGUGAGGAUAAUGAGUUAGAACAAGUAUUGCAACAUUUAAUGAAGAAAAUUAACUUUAGAUCAAAGCCGGUGAUAAUUGACACCAAUCCAGAACAUAAAGUUACAUCUCAAGUAAAAGAAUCGUUGGUUGAAUGUUUGCCAAUGGAACGUGACUUAUAUGUUUACUACUUCAUUACAAUGUACCCAGGUACUACGUUGAUAUUUUGUAACGCCAUUGACAGUGUAAAAAAACUAAACGCUUAUUUGAACUUAUUGCAUAUCUCUUCUUUCCAAAUUCAUUCUUCUAUGGCACAAAAGAGUCGUCUAAGAAGUCUCGAAAGGUUCAAAGAACAAUCAGAGAAAAACAGUAAGAUUAAUAAACCUACCGUUUUGAUUGCUAGUGAUGUGGCAGCCAGAGGUUUGGAUAUUUCUGGAAUUAAACACGUUCUACAUUAUCAUUUGCCUCGUAGUGCUGAUGUCUAUAUCCACAGGUCUGGUAGAACUGCCCGUGGUGAUAGUGAAGGUGUCUCAGUUAUGAUAUGUUCGCCACAAGAGGCCAUGGGUCCACUUAGAAAGUUAAGAAAGGUCUUAUCUAACAAGAAGAGCACAAAUCCUAAAAAAACCAAAUGGCAAAACGACGUACCAAUGUUGCCUAUUGAGCCAGAUAUUGUAACCCAACUUAGGGAAAGAAGCAGAAUAGCAGCGGAACUUGCUGACGACGAAAUAGCUACUAAGUCUCUACAUAAAGAUGAUAACUGGUUGAAAAAGGCGGCUGAAGAAUUUGAAAUUGAUGUUGAUUCUGAAGAUGAAGAGAAGGAUCAAUUUUUGGCAAGAAAUAAAAACAAGAAGCUAAACAAGCAAUUGGACAAGAACGAAGCUAAAGCUUUAAAAUACCAAUUAAAUGAGAUGUUAAAAACACCAAUCAGAAAAGACUUAAGGAAGAGCUACUUGACAGGUGGGCUGACCAACUUGGCUGACUCCUUAAUCAAAAAUAAGGGCCAUAAUUCAAUCAUUGGUCAUGAGAAGGUAGAUGCUUUACAGACUCUUAAGCAAAAAAAACGUAAAUAA